AUGAUCUCCACUGGAACAGUUCCAUCGGAGGCUCGACUCCAUGACAAGACAAAGACAUUAUCAAAAUACUCGAAAUCGAAGGGUUCAACAAAGCAACUCAACCGUGGGAACUACUCCGAUAAAAAUGCAAAAAUCAAGCAAAAUCAAGCAAAGUCUGAACGAGGAUUCGACCCGGGCCAUAAGGAUAAGGAUAAGGAAUACGAUAGUCAAGACUACGAUAGCAAAAAAUCAAGAAAACAAGCAAAAGACAAGGAUAAGGAUCACAACAGUCAAGACUACGAUACGAUAAGCAAGUCAAGGAUAAGAAACGCGAUAGACUACGAUAUGAUAACUUACGAUAACAAUACAAUAGUCAAGGAUAAGGAUAAGGAUAAGCAGGGCAAUCAUAUGUUAGACCGUCCCCACCCACCCACCCGUUAG